AUGCUAUUAUUAUUGAAUAUUGCGAUAGCCACUCAACUGAUAGAGUUGGAACACGACUUCGGAGGUAACGACGGUGUAGAAGGUGACAUUGAUGUACCUAUCCCUAUCUCAAAAGGUGUCGCUUAUCGGGUUCCGUUCUCCGGAAAAGUGUAUGCAUUUUGGGACAAUAUCACAGUCACGUACGGGCAGAAUUUGGCUCCUGUUGAUCCGUUUAUGAGCCUGUUCGAAUAUCAGAAGCAUCGUGAUCCAGGCCUCGCUAUACCGCGACGAAGAAGAGAUGUUUCACAUUCAAAAAAGAAACGGGUUGAUUCACUUAUUACAGCUGGAGUGAUACUAAUGGACAAUUUAGUAGUGCAGAGAAGCGUUUUCAAUGUAAAAGCCGGUGGUUUGUUUAUCACCGGCACUCCGAUAUACGAGUAUACCGAUCCUUUUGAAGAACCGGCCGAUAAGGAGAAGGACCAAGAUGGCCAUCUGUAUUUCAACGCACUGACGCUUGCAUCGGAAGCGUGUAUGGAGGACCUGAUGAUGCAAGCUAGGAAGAUCAAGUACGACGUCAUCGGACUGACCGAGACGAGAAGACAUCACCCGCUGCACUCUGCGUUUGAGAAUGGAGAAGAUCUGCCUCAAGAACAUGCGACAGCAGAAGCGUUGGCGGCGUAG